CUCUCCUACAAUCUACUUUGGUUGCCUGUCUUGUACCUAUCUACAUUGCUUGCCUGUGAAUCCUGACAACUAUAGAGGCGCUAGCGUGAAGCGGACUAUGGUGACUGCUAUUAAAUGCAUAUGUUAAGAUCCAAUCAGAGAUCUCACAUGUAUCGUAGUAAUAUUCACUGGGCGCCAACUGAGACAACCUCGAGGGCGGCGCCUAGACGUCACAUGAACGACAGACGCGACAGCUGCUGUCAAGUCUGUCGUAGACCCGACAGCGUCUGUCAGAUCUGUCACGUGUCCUAUAUAGGAACUCGAGUAUGAACCUUCAUACUCGUGUUCAACCUGUUUAUCAAUCU